ACAGAGAGAGAGAAAGAGUGAGAGAUUUGCCAUUAUUGCCCCAUUGGAAUGUUCAUUUCAUCUUUGCUCUUUACUUUUUUUUGAGUUUGGUUCAGUGUUUUGUAUUUUGUAUUUUCCAUGUAAUAUUUUUUAUAUGUUUUGGUUGGGUUGAAUAAUUGAAAAAAAGUGAAAAUCACUUGUUUUUACUUUUGUGUUUCACCGUUAAGCUUGUUAUCUAGUUUGUUUUUACUCGACUUUCGUACUCAUUCCAUGAUGAUGGCCACGUCUAAUAAUGCCAAUGUAACCAACACUCCACAAUCUUGUGCCAUUUGCGGGGAUAGAGCCACUGGUAAACAUUAUGGUGCCUUUAGUUGCGACGGUUGUAAGGGUUUCUUUCGACGAAGUGUCCGCAAAAGUAACCAAUAUGCCUGUCGUUUUCAGCGUAAUUGUACCAUUGAUAAAGAUAAACGUAAUCAGUGUCGAUUUUGUCGUCUAAGGAAAUGUUUUCGAGCUGGUAUGAAAAAAGAUGCUGUACAAAAUGAACGGGAUCGGAUCAGUUUAAGGAGAUCCAGCAUUGAUGACGCUCUUAAUAAUGGUGGAGCUUCAAUACAAACUCUUUACAAAGCUGAAAUGCAUUCAAGACAGUCUCGUGUAUGCAGUCAAGAAACAUCAAUUGGAGAUAAAAAGCUGGCCAAUAUAUCAGAUGUUUGUGAAUCAAUGAGAAACCAACUGUUGAAUUUGGUUACCUGGGCUAAAGGGAUUCCAGCUUUUCUUGAGUUAGGGGUUGAUGAUCAAGUGGCUCUAUUAAAAGCUCAUGCAGGUGAACACUUGCUUCUUGGAGUGGCUCAUAGAUCUAUGCACCUUAAAGACUGUCUGCUUCUAGGAAAUAAUUUUAUUAUACCUCGAAAUUCACCUGAAAAGGACAUUACCAUGAUUGGUAAUAGAGUGAUGGACGAAUUGGUCACUGUUCUUCAUGAUGUUAACAUUGAUGAUACGGAAUUUGCAUGCCUCAAGGCAAUUGUUUUCUUCGACCCGAGUGCCAAAGGUUUAACACAACCCUCUAGAAUAAAAAAUUUACGGACUCAAGUACAAAUUAAUCUACAAGACUACAUUAUGGAUCACCAAUACAAUUCUCGUGGACGAUUUGGUGAAAUAUUAUUGUUAUUAUCUCCUCUUCAGAGCAUUAGUAACCAAAUGAUUGAACUGAUAGAUCAAUUCACGAAAUGUGUUGGUGCAACCAAAGUAGAUGUAUUGUUACAAGAAAUGCUUCUUGGUAAUAGGACAAUCGUAAGUCCACCGCAUGCAGGAGUUGCUAUAAAACCAACACACUCAGCUUGGCAACCAACAUAUCCAAUGCCAAUGCCAUCUUUAAUGCCCAAUUAUGCAAGUGGACCAUCUAAUGGUAGCGGUAUGGUUAUAGAUGAAGGACCUUCUCAUUAUGAUCCUGGAUCUUGCCCUGCUCAACCACCCCAAUUAAUGGAUCUUGAUCAUCGACUUGCCAAUGAUGGGCAGCCCGGUUCAAAUGGUCAUUCAGACGAUUCAUUAUCUUCUCCAGGAGAAGAUAUAUAUUUACCUCCUCCUCCUCCAUCAACAGCUCAACCUCAUUCUCAUGCUCACCAUCAACCUCACCAAUCACAUCAACAGCAUCCACCCCAUCAACCUUCACACCAAACUCCUCAUCAACCUCAUCAACCACACGCAUCAACUCAAGUUAUUCACCAAACAUCCCAACCUCAUCCUGUCCUUUAUAAAAGGGAAACUAUAUAAUUUUUGUUUGAAAAAAAGAUUCAUUUAUCAUCCCAACUUUUUAUCAAAUCUUAUGCAAUGCUAUUUAAACCCUCUUAAUCAAUUAUUAUUAUCGACAUUAUAUACUGAAAGUAUAAAAAAUUUGUUAGCAAAGAAACGCAAAAUUGUAUCUCAUAUCAACUUACCAUGUAAAUCAUGCAUCAUCCAUUGCCUUGAAUUGAAGCCGAGACUGAAAUUUAGAAAGACAUUUUUACAUUUCCUCAUUUACAACCUAUCACUUCAUUAGCUUACAAUAAAUUUAAUUUUCACAUCUUUUC